AUGGCCGAAUCAAAGAAACGAAAGGCCGUCACCAAAGACGUCGAUGAAGAUGCCGCCGUGGUGUCGGGCGAUGAGUUCGACUUCUCUCAUUUGGACGGUACCAUUUCAGACGACGGUUCUGUGAGCGGGAGCGACGAAGAUGGCUCCUCCAGUGAAGGUGAAGACGAUGACGUCGAGGUAUCAAUCGGGGGUGAUAAACUACCUUUGGAAAGGGAUGAGGAGGACGAUUUCUUACAACCGAAGGAAAGGGAACAGCCGCUCAAUGUUGAAGCUGGGGUAAUAAACGGAGACAAGGAUGAAAAAUCCGAGCACGGAACUCCUAGCUACCAAAUAGUCCAGGAUGCAAAUGGAAAUGACAGAUAUAUCUACGAUGAGAUCGACCCGGGAGACAACUCGGAUUAUUCGGUUCCAGAUGACGAAGCGAACACGGUUGGCAACAUCCCGUUGUCCUUCUACGAUUCCCAUCCUCACAUUGGUUACAACAUCAAUGGAAAAAAGAUUAUGAGACCGGCAACGGGAGAGGCAUUGGACGUCCUUCUUGAUAGUAUCGACGUCCCUAAAGGCUGGACAGGCUUGACCGACCCUUCUACCGGAAAACCGCUCGAGCUCUCUCGAGAAGAGUUACAGCUGUUGAGGAAAGUGCAGAUGAACGAAAUACCGGCGGGUGACUAUGAUCCAUAUGAGCCAACUGUGGAAUGGUUCACUAGCAAGACCGAGACCAUGCCAUUGAGUUCCGCCCCAGAGCCCAAACGACGAUUUGUCCCAUCCAAGCAUGAAGCAAAGAGGGUGAUGAAAAUCGUUCGAGCUAUUCGGGAGGGACGCAUUCUACCUUACCGACCUCCACAAGAGAAUGAAGAUGAGGAUGAAGAAGUUCAAAAUUAUGAUAUCUGGGCCGACGAACAACCUCGACCGGAUCAUGCUAUGCAUAUGCCAGCUCCCAAACUUCCACCUCCCGGGUUCGAUGAAAGUUAUCACCCACCGCCCGAAUAUUUACCGGAUAAGAAAGAAAAAGAGGCAUGGGAGAAGGCCGAUGAGGAAGAUAGGGAAAAGGACUACCUCCCGACUGACCAUACUUCGUUACGAAAGGUUCCAGGCUAUGAUCGCUUCGUCCAGGAAAAAUUUGAGCGCUGUCUGGAUUUGUACCUUGCUCCUCGGGUUCGCCGAACUAAACUCAACAUCGACCCCGAAUCUUUAUUGCCCAAACUUCCCAAUCCCGACGAAUUACGGCCGUUUCCCACACACGAGGCGGGCCGAUUUCAUGGUCACAAAGGACGUGUGAGAUCUCUUGCAAUAGACCCCUCUGGACGGUAUCUGGCAACUGGUGGAGAUGACGGAACCAUGCGUGUCUGGACACUCGAGCCUCAACGAGAAGUCUGGUCUGUUGACCUGGGACCUGAUGCUGCUGUCAACGUGGUUCGGUGGCGACCUGGAAAAGACGUGCCGGUGCUUGCGGCCUGUGCUGGAGAUGAGAUCUACUUAUGCAUCCCCCGUCUGGGGACAGAUUUCGGCCCAGAAGCCGAGGAAGCCCAAACAGUGCUUGAUGCUGGAUGGGGCUAUGCUACAUCAGAGAGCAGGACCUCGAAGUCUUCCAGUGUCAAGUGGAGUCGGCCGUCGCCAGGUCGGAGAGAAAAGGGCGUUGCUGUCAUCAUCCACCUUGGACAUACAGCCAAAACAUUGUCCUUUCAUUCGGGGGGGAACCAUUUCGUUACGAUCUGUCCAGCAACAACGGUGCCAGCAUCACAGGCAAUCGCCAUACAUACGAUUGCAAAGCAUCAGACACAACUACCUUUCCGAAAGCGACUCAAAGGCGGAGGAACUCCCCAGGCUGCACACUUUCAUCCCAGCAAGCCGGUCUUAUUUGUCGCCAACCAGCGCGUCAUUCGAGCCUACGACUUAUCCAAACAGUCAUUACUCAAGAUCAUUCAGCCCGGUGCACGGUGGAUCAGCAGCUUCGACAUUCACCCCACCAGUUCAUCAACAGCGGGCUCGGACAAUCUGAUUGUUGGUUCCUAUGACCGGAGAUUGCUUUGGAUGGAUUUGGAUUUGUCGCCGCGGCCGUACAAGACUCUCCGAUUUCAUGAGAAAGCAAUCAGGUCUGUUCGUUUCCAUCCUGCUACAAACAGGUACCCGUUGUUUGCGGACGGUAGUGAUGAUGGAAGUAUCCAAGUUUUCCAUGGCCAGGUAACGAGCGACAUGAUGAGCAACGCACAGAUUGUCCCUCUGAAGGUACUGCGGGGGCAUAAGAUCACAGGAGGGUUGGGAGUCAUGGAUUUGGAUUGGCAUCCUCAGCAUCCAUGGCUCGUGAGUGCUGGCGGCGAUGGAACAUGCAGAUUGUGGGUGUCUUGA